AUGGCUGGAUUCCGGACUAUGUUUAGUCGCCAGUCGGCCGAAGAUGUUGUCAACACGGUCAACGUUCAGGAGUCUAAGACUGAAUACGACCAGAAGACAACUGCUGAGUCGGACAAUGCCAGCUCCGAGAAUGCUGUCAAUGAGAAGGGUGCGAUUGACACUGAGAACCCCGUCGUUCCCGAAGAGGAUGGCACUCGCUUUGAGGCGCCGGAUGAGCACACGCAGCGUGGUGUUGCCGAUAUGGAGGCCAUGACCCAGACUUGGUCGAAGGGGGCUCUUAUUAUGGUCUUUGCCAACAUCUGGCUGCUGUACUUCAUUAAUGCCUUCCAGAGCUCUGUCCUUAGCAACUUGAUCCCUUACUUGACCAGUGAUUGGGAUUCACACUCAUUGCUGAGUGUCAUUUACGUUGUUGCUGAUGCCGUGUCCGCUGCUUGCUAUGUCCCGCUUGGAAAGAUCAUGGAUAUUUGGGGUCGUGCCGAAGGUUUCGCUUUCAUGGCCUUCUGCUCUACCAUCGGUUUGAUCAUGAUGGCAGCUUGCAACAACCUGCCCACUUUCUGUGCUGCCUACGUUUUCUACACUCUCGGUUUCAGUGGUAUGACCUAUACUGUUGAUGUCAUCACCGCCGAUGCAUCCAUGCUCAAGAGUCGAGGUCUCGCAUACGCUUUUACCUCUUCCCCCUACAUCAUCACUGCGUUCGGUGGUGCCAAGGCUGCCAAUGAUAUUCUCGACCAGAUUGGUAUGCGUUGGGGAUUCGGUGUUUUCGCUAUCGUCUUCCCCUUCGUCGCUGCUCCUCUGUACUUCACCCUGAAGUACAAUCUGCGCAAGGCUGUCAAGGCCGGUCACAUUGUCAAGCAGAGCAGUGGUCGUACUUUUAUGCAGAGCGUCUGGUUCUACAUUGUUGAGCUCGAUGCCCUCGGUCUUCUCCUCUUCUCCGCCGGUCUUGUCCUCUUCUUCCUUCCCUUCGAUAUCGCCGGCGCCGCUCCUAGCAGCUGGGGUACUGACUACAUCAUCGCUAUGAUUGUGGUCGGAUUCUGCUUGCUUUUCGUCUUCAUUGUCUACGAGUGGAAGUUCGCCCCCAAGCGUCUGUUCGAGUUCAACUUCCUUUGGAACCGUACCGUGCUUGGUGCCUGUUUGCUGGAUGCCACCUACCAGCUCUGCUACUACUGCUGGGACUACUACUUCACCUCCUUCCUGCAGGUUGUCAACGACCUCACCGUUGCCGAGGCUGGAUACGUUAGCAACAUCUUCGACAUGGUCUCUGGUUUCCUGCUCCUCUUGGUUGGUUGGAUGAUCCGCCGCACCGGCCGCUUCAAGUGGCUUCUCUGGAUUGCCGUUCCCUUGUACAUCUUUGCUCAGGGUCUCAUGAUCUACUUCCGUCGCCCCAACCAGUCUGUCGGCUACUUGGUCAUGUGCCAGGUCUUCAUCUCCAUCGGUGGUAGUGUGUUCAUUAUUAUCGAGCAGCUUGCUAUCCUUGCUGCUGUCGACCACCAGCACGUUGCUGCUGUCUUGGGUCUUCUCAACGUCGUCGGUACCGUCGGUGAUGCCAUGGGUGCUACUAUUUCUGGUGUCAUCUGGCAGAACACCUACCCCAACGCACUUCGAAGACUCCUGCCUGCGGAUGCCAUGUCCAACUUCGAGAACAUCUACGAGGAUCUCGAUACCCAGCUUAGCUACGCCGUUGGAAGCGCUACCCGUAUUGCUAUCCAGGAUGCUUACGCUUACGCCCAGACCCGCAUGUUGGCUGUAGGAACUGCUGUUUUCGCUCUUGCAUUCAUCUGGACCAUGAUGAUCCGCAACAUUGACCUGAAGGCUGUGCCCCAGGUCAAGGGAAUGGUCUUCUAA